UGUAAACGCAUCCUCGGGGAACACACACACACACACUCUCUCUCUCUCUUUCUCUGUGUCACGCGCACACGCACGGGCUCAUAUAGGAGGAGGCUCCCAGCAGAGCAGCAGGCAGUGAACGGCGGAGCGCGCACCGGACCAGCUCGUUAACUUGUCCCUUCCUUCCUCAUUCUCGGGCAUCUGCAGCCACAAACCGGACUACCGGGCAGACUACCGGCCACAGAGAGCCUCCACCGGCACAGCAGACAGCCUCAGACCGCUCGUCAUCGUCUGUUUGACUCCGGAGACUGCGGAUUUUAUCCUUCAUCUCUUCCCGUGGAUACCGAGAGUGCGCACCGCCUCCCCGACACACGCAAAGUGUCCAGACAUUAAGUCUGCUCAUAUUUAUUUUACAGCUGGGAAAUAAAAGCCUGUGUCCGUGUGUCGGUUCCGCUGUCUUCUCUACACCCCCCUCCGGUUUAACUGCACCGGUCAGACUUGGAAAGAGCAACAGCCUCCACCGGCGCAUCAGUGAGGUAGAAAAGCCCUACAUCAAGCUGCAGCCAUGGAUGAGAUGGACCUGCCCCAGAUGAAGAAGGAGGUGGAGAGCCUCAAGUACCAGCUGGCCUUCAAACGAGAGAAGUCCUCCAAAACAGUGACUGAUUUGGUAAAGUGGAUAGAGGACGGCGUCCCAGAGGACCCCUUCCUGAACCCGGAGCUGAUGAAGAACAACCCGUGGGUGGAGAAAGGGAAGUGCAUCCUUCUCUAGAAGAAAACCCAUCAUCCUGCCACGACCUUCAACUCCAACCACGCUGACCCACACACACACCUACAGAUGACCCCUGAAGGACAGCUCCUCCUAACCUCUCACCGUGAAUGUACAACCGCUGAUGUCCCCGAAACACACACUCCAACAAGGGCAUAGAAACACACACUGACAGAGACACACACUCCAAACUUUGGGUUUGUCCCUGACUGCCACACGUUCACUGCAAGUUUUAUUCCUGCCACGGCAUUGUUACUAUGAUAUAUGAGGAUGAUGAUGAUCAGUACUGCUAUUACAUGUCUCUGUAUGAUAUAUGAUGACUUAUUUAUGCAGCUGCCAGCCACACGCUUUCUACUCUUCUUCUUCUUCCAUUUCUGAUGAGUUGUAAUAAACUGUCGUCACGUUCUCACUGCCAGACUGACUCCAGAUCUGCUGGAGGAAUUCUGUUCAACACUGAGAUUAGGGUUGCGGCGAUAUAUCGGUUUCAAGGUAUAUCAUAAUAUAAAAGUUGACGGUUAUCAUACCGUGUACUUUAUCUAGGAUACUGGAAAACAAAGAAUCUUAACUUUAUUUUAGUUAUUUUUUGACUUCUUAAACAAACUUACGAUAACAAAGUGGUUCCAAGUUUUAAUUAAAGUAAUAAAACGUUUGUUCAACCAAAAAUAAUCCUUACAUUUUCAUUAUUUAAAUGGUCAUUCUGAC